AUGUUCCAAGGCGGAGCCAGGUUUCAGAUCCAUAAAGAAGGGAAUUUGGGAGAAAAGGUUGAGGAUUUAAGCCAAAACGGGAUGGGUGAAAAAGCUGCUAGCCAUGUGUACACCCACACAAGAAAGCUGCCGCCGUGCGACGAGCGCCGCUGCUCGGCCUUCCCCCUGGGGGCGCUGGUGCCGGUGACGGCCGUGUGCCUGGGCCUGUUCGCCGUCGGGGUGAGCGGCAACGUGGUGACCGUGCUGCUGAUCGGGCGCUUCCGCGACAUGCGGACCACCACCAACUUGUACCUGGGCAGCAUGGCCGUGUCCGACCUGCUGAUCCUGCUCGGGCUCCCGCUCGACCUGUACCGCCUCUGGCGCUCGCGGCCCUGGGUGUUCGGGCCGCUGCUCUGCCGCCUGUCGCUGUACGUGGGCGAGGGCUGCACCUACGCCACGCUGCUGCACAUGACGGCGCUCAGCGUCGAGCGCUACCUGGCCGUCUGUCGCCCGCUCCGCGCCCGCGCCCUCGUCACCCGGCGCCGCGUCCGCGCGCUCAUCGCCGCGCUCUGGGCGGUGGCGCUGCUCUCCGCCGGGCCCUUCUUCUUCCUGGUGGGCGUCGAGCGGGACCCAGACGUCUACGGCAUCGCGGACCUGAACGGCACCGCACAGCUCGCAAAACCAUCCCCUGCGCCCCAGGAGUUCUGGAGGACCCCGGGCGCCCCAGAGGUGGUGGUGGUUCUGGCAUUUGUAGUUUGCUGGUUGCCUUUCCACGUUGGCAGGAUCAUUUACAUAAAUACGGAAGAUUCCCGGACGAUGCAUUUCUCUCAGUACUUUAACAUUGUUGCUCUGCAACUUUUCUAUCUGAGCGCAUCCAUCAACCCGAUCCUGUACAACCUCAUCUCAAAGAAGUAUAGAGCAGCGGCCUGUAAACUGCUGCUCACAGGACGGUCCAGGCCAAGAGGUUUCUGUGGCAGCAGGGACGCUGCGGGGGACGUUCGGGGAAACGCUGGAGGAGACACAGCCGGCGACGCAGAGACGAGCACUAACGUAAAGACAAGGGUCACCACCUCCCACAGUUCUGGGACUUCCGGGAAAACAGGUCUGUAG